AUGUCAUCUCCUUCUCUCCCCAUGCCCUCCCUCCCCCCCAGUCCACUGGCCAUGGAGUACCUCAAUGACUUUGACCUCCUUAAGUUUGAGGUGAAGCCUGACACUCCUCCUCUCCCUCCCCCCUGCACAUUCCCCAAGUCUAGCCUACCCCACGACCCCUCCAGUUCCCCUGGUCCCUACACCAGCCUCAGCUCCAGCCCAUACAACUCCCUGCCCCCUUCUCCAACGCUGAGCGAUGCCCACCCACCUCCCUCAGCCUCUUCCUCCCUCUCCCCUUCCUCCUCCUCCUCCAUCUCCUUCCCUCUGUCCAUCUCAAACAGCUACACCUCUGGCAUCAGUUCUGGAUCUCAGGGGAACGUGGAGGGUAGCCCCUCCCAUGGAGGUGCCCAGGGUCCUAACCCUGCCUCUUUGGAGGACCUGAUCUGGCUCGCAGCGCUGCAGCAGCAGUUUGGAGGGGAGGCGGGGGGACCUGCGUCCCUGCUGGGAGGUGGGCCAGAGCGGGGAGACAGAGAAAGAGGGUCGGUCGGCAGCUUCCUGGGCUGUGAGGACGCUGUGGAGGCUCUACUGAACUCAGCUGCAGCAGCUGUAAACUCACAGUUCCCAGUGCUUUCCCAGAGUUCCAGCAGUAACCUGGGGGAUUCGGGUAGUGACAGUGGAGGUGACAUUUCUUGCGCCAAUGGGACAGAUAUGUGUCAUCGUCCACUCCUCUACCUCUCCUCUGGCCCUCAAUUGCUCCCCAACACCAACCCCUCUUCAGCAUCCUACCCACAACCCCAGAGCCCCUCUGACCGACUUCACCAUCCACAUCAUCAUCAUCAUCACCACCCGCACCACCCCAUCCAUGGCCAUCAUCAUCAUCAUCAUCAUCAUCACCUCCAAGUAAUUAAUGAGUGUGGGGUGGAUGAGCGUUUCUCAGACGAACAGCUGGUGAGCCUAUCGGUGCGGGAGCUGAACAGACACCUGCGUGGCGUCAGUAAGGAUGAGGUGGUGCGUCUCAAGCAGAAACGUCGCACGCUAAAGAAUCGAGGCUAUGCCCAGUCCUGUCGCUACAAACGCUUGCAGCACCGCCACGCACUGGAGUCCGAGAAACACGUCCUCACACAACAGUUGGAACAGCUGCAGUGUGAGCUAUCUCGGGUCCUGAGGGAGAGGGACACCUACAAGGCUCGCUACGAAAAGCUUGUCAGUACAAACGAGGCUCCACCUACCCACGCCAACAACCCCCCCUCACCACCCCCUAACUACUUCCUCUGA